CCUGAGGGCUAAUGGCAUCGCCUUAGCUGACCCAAGAUAUAAUCUUGGAUUUGCCCAACAAACAUUUACGGAGUGCUUAUCAUACGCCGGGCAUUGUGACAGAAGCUGGGGCGAAAGAGCCCCACCGUACAAGGAGCGCAGCGGGCGAGCCCCUAGAGCGGGGCGGGGAAAGGCCAGGGUCCGGCUCUCGAGUCUCCUCGCCGCGCAGUCAGUAGCAGGGCCCAACCGUCCCCAACGGUCCAAGGACCCAGACGGCGGCUGGAAUGCACUGUUCCAGAGCAAACCGCUGCCCGCAGAAACCCACCUCCCUUCUCGCCCCCACAGAAACAGCCCCCACCCGCGGCUUGCGCCUUCGCGCCUGUCUCCCCGACCCGUCUCCCUUUAAUCCCCAGGAAGGGUGCGCCCCUAACGCCAGCACUACCCGCAGCCCCCUUACCACCGGGUGCUCCGAACUCGGGUCCCUCUCCAUCCGUCUUGCUGCCGUGUCGGUCCUCAUCGUCUGUUCACCCCUCGGCAGAGGAAUAGAGUGGGCCCUCACCCUCUGACGCGCAGUCCUUUCCUCUUGGCUUUCUCUUCAUCUUUACGAAGCCUAUUUAAUGACCUCCCACCAAAAAAAAAAAAAAAAAAAGGUUUCCGUGUCUCUUAAGUUCCUGUCACGGCGUGGGGGCCAAUCGAGGCAAAAGAUAGCAGAAGAAACACCAAGUGGCGGAGCAUCACCCAUCAGGAGGCGGUUUCCCCGAACGUCACUGGGUUGUGGGGUGGCACUGGCUUAGUACAAAGGCACUAAUUUUGUACACACGGUGAUAUGGCUGAGUGAUUCCAUCCUUUCGCACCUUGGGAGCUUUAAUUUUCCCGUAGGCUUGAGAAGCGGACGCCUCCUCGGAUGUGAGAGUACAGCAGAAAAUGUCCACUGAACGGACUUCUUGGACAAGUUUGUCCACUAUUCAGAAAGUAGCACUGGGCCUCGGGAUCCCAGCCAGUGCAACGAUCGCCUAUAUCCUGUACCGCAGAUACAGGGAAAGCAGAGAAGAGCGGCUGACAUUUGUUGGGGAGGACGACAUCGAGAUAGAGAUGCGGGUCCCCCAGGAGGCUGUGAAGCUCAUCAUUGGUCGGCAAGGAGCCAAUAUUAAACAGCUGCGAAAACAGACAGGUGCUCGGAUCGAUGUGGACACGGAGGAUGUAGGAGAUGAGCGGGUGCUGCUUAUCAGUGGUUUUCCUGUUCAGGUGUGCAAGGCCAAAGCAGCAAUUCAUCAGAUCCUGACAGAGAAUACCCCAGUGUCUGAGCAGCUCUCAGUUCCCCAGAGAUCUGUGGGCAGAAUCAUAGGAAGGGGCGGAGAGACAAUUCGUUCUAUCUGUAAGGCCUCAGGAGCCAAAAUUACCUGUGACAAAGAACCGGAGGGGACAUUGCUGCUGUCAAGACUUAUAAAAAUCUCAGGAACACAGAAGGAAGUGGCGGCAGCCAAGCAUUUGAUACUGGAGAAAGUUUCAGAAGAUGAAGAACUCAGGAAGAGAAUUGCUCAUUCUGCAGAAACCAGAGUCCCACGCAAGCAGCCAAUCAGCAUAAGAAGAGAGGAAGUGACAGAGUCAGGUGGAGCUGGGGAGCCGGCAUUAUGGAAGAACACUGGUAGUCGCUUGGAGCAGGCCGCACCGCUGGCAGUUCCUCCCCACAGAGGAGGUGGUGACAUGGCUGUUGUAGGGCCAGAAGAAGGCUCCUGGGAGAAACCUAGUGAUGACAGCUUUCAGAAGUCUGGAGCCCAGACCAGUCCAGAGAUGUCCAUGUUUGAAAUCCCCAGUCCAGACUUCAGUUUCCAUGCUGAUGAAUUCCUCGAAGUCUAUGUCUCUGCCUCUGAACAUCCUAACCACUUCUGGAUCCAGAUCAUUGGCUCCCGCAGCCUGCAAUUGGAUAAGCUUGUCAGUGAGAUGACGCAACACUAUGAAAACAGUCUGCCUGAAGACUUGACUGUGCAUGUAGGAGACAUUGUUGCAGCACCUUUACCUACAAAUGGUUCCUGGUAUCGAGCCCGGGUCCUUGGGACCUUAGAGAAUGGAAACCUGGACCUCUACUUCGUUGACUUUGGAGAUAAUGGAGAUUGCCCACUGAGGGACCUCAGAGUGCUCAGGAGUGACUUCCUAAGCCUUCCAUUUCAAGCAAUAGAGUGUAGUUUGGCACGGAUCGCCCCCUCAGGUGAACAAUGGGAAGAAGCAGCUUUGGAUGAGUUUGACAGACUCACUCACUGUGCUGACUGGAAACCCCUGGUGGCCAAGAUCUCUAGUUAUGUCCAGUCUGGGAUCUCAACUUGGCCCAAGAUCUACUUAUAUGAUACUAGCAAUGGGAAGAAACUUGAUAUUGGGUUAGAAUUAGUUCGUAAAGGAUACGCAGUUGAGCUUCCUGAAGACGUAGAAGAAAACAGAACUGUCCCAGGAAUGUUGCAUGAUGUGGCCACAGAAACAGAUGUUUCUCUCAGCAGCAUGCUCCCUGAGACCAAGAAGAGCCCUGGAGAGAUACCAAACACCCCGUCCUGCCUCAGCUUAUCAGGAUUUGGCAUAAGAUUUGGUGCCUGGAGAGAAGAGCCUAUGAUAAAGAGAUCUAUGCAGUCCUUCCUUUAUUGUAUACAUGAUCUGGCUUGCUGUGGACCAAAUGCAUUUUCUCCUUCCACUGGACUACCAGAAAGCAUGUGGGGUGGAGGGAGACAAACACAUGCCCCUUCCCACCACCUCCUCACCCCCUUGCAGUGUCUGAAUACUGCUGCACUCCUUCCAGGCUGCUCAGUAUCCCGCUCGUUCCCCCCUGCCAGUCAUAGUGCACACUGUGGCUAGGCUGUGUUCUUUUAGAGGCUGAGAAACAGCCAGCGUUUGGUCAUUGGAAGAGAUGAUUCUGCAGACUUCUGACUCUGGUUAAGGGGUAUUUGGUGAACUCAAAGAUGGCAGUUGAGUCAGGAGGCAAAAGCAAAAAUCAGUAUAGUUACAUUAAAAAGCUUCAGGAAGUGGGAAGAGAAUACUGCCUCCCACCCUAAACUGUUAAUGUUAUUGGAGUCAAGUUUUUUGAAAUAGUGCUCCAGCUAUUUCCCUGUAAACUUCAGUUAAAGUACAAGUAGACAAGGAGAGAGGCAACUAUUCUAAGUUUCUAGUAUAGUGUCUAUAAUACAUAUAUAUGUACACACAGAGCCACAGAGAGAGAGAACAUAUGUAGCUGUUUAAAUCAUUUGAGAGAUUUUUUGCUGAAUAAAGUUCUCAAGAAAAUUGCCCAAAA